GGAGCACCUGGUAGUCAGUCAUCGGUGGGGCUCUCAGUGGAGCUGCGUACAGUGAAGUGACUACUACACAGCGAUGCGGACGAAAAGGGGUGAAAACGAGGGGAAUCGUCCGGUUUUGUGUAACGACCCGGUGGGCUGGGGCUUUGCGUGCUCGUGAGGCAUAAUUUCAGUGGGAUAUCGUCUCCAAAACCGCCCAGUAAAGGACAUUAACUGGCUUGGAAGCAGCUCCGGGGCGGAUAUUUUCCCGACAAAAACCUUACCCACACUGGUGUUCCCAGCCCCGGCGGUCGUGUGGAAUAGUCAGCUAAAAGAAUGAUCGCUUGAAUAUUUUUAUACUGUCUUGGAGCUUUUUUUAGCCAGCAGCGCUUCCCCCUUUUUUUUACAGACUCGCUAUGGUGGACUCCCCUACCAUGAAGAAGACUUUUGUGGUCCCAGACGUAAAGCCACUGGAUUUGUAUGACUGUACUAAAGCAAAAAUAUGCGCAAGUGUCGGAUGGCUAUUGGCAAAGUCCUACGGCAGUGCAGAGAGUGUCCCUGCAGAGCUGCGUGACCCCUUCUACUGUGACCAGUACGAGCAGGAGCACCUUAAGCCACCGGUCACGCGCCUCCUGCAGUCCUCGGAGCUCUACUGCCGCACCUACAGCCUAUUGCAGGGGGGCACCGAAGCCGAGGCACAGCCCAAAGACAACACCACCCUGCUGCAGCUCCUCGCUCGGAAAGGCAUAGUCACCAAAGAUCAGGACACACCAGUGACUGAUGCAGACCUUCGACAUAAACCUAUCAAGAUGACUGCUCACCUUGCUGUGAUCGAUGCCCUGAUGGCCGUGGGAGCCAUGGAGACGGUGACUGCGGUGAAGACGUGUGGUUCUGCCGAGCUAUUGGGUGGAGCCUCCAGCUGGGAGGACGCUGUGCUUCAUUGGGUCAAUGUGUUAAACCAGAAGUUGAGAGAACGUACUGAAGGAGCCCAGAAUGACUCAUCUCAGGCCAUUACAGAGCCCCAACCUGUUCAGCCCUCUCUUCGCUACAGGAAAGAUAAAAAUCAGUCCAAACAAAAGCCCAUCUUUCCAGUGGUGAACGAAGUCAAAAAUCUGUCAAGUGGUUGUGCUGUUGCUGCAGUCAUACAUUACUAUUGCCCUGGCCUGCUAAGACUUGAAGAUGUUUGCAUGAAGGAGUCCAUGUCUGUAGCAGACAGCCUGUUCAACCAGCAGUUCAUCCGUGAAUUCUGUGACAGCUGUCUGAAGAGCUGCUGUCACUUGACACUAGAGGACAUGAUAUAUACACCACAGGAACUUCAGAUCAACUUGCUGAGCUUCCUGGCAGAACUGCUUAGCUGGUUUGAAGUACGAAGGCCAGAAUUUGUUCAGCCAUUAGACACAUUAGAUGGAUCCACACCAGUAACACCGAGUAGCUUGAGUGGUAACAGUACCUCCCCUUCUAUCUUCAAGAAGCCUUUCCUCCCCAUCUCCUCACCUGCAUCAGGAUCUUUGACUCAGUCUACCUCAAUGUCUCAUAUAGAAGGAGUUGGAAAGACUUGGAGCAAGAAACCUCUCAGUCGCCCCUUGUCAGCUGUAUCUUUCAGCAUUCCUUUUGGCCUGGACAGUGAUGUGGACAUUGUGAUGGGCAACCCUGUGAUAACCCGCUCUAUGAGCUCAGACCAGCUCAACCCAGCAGGCCAAAAUAUGACCCGGAUGCCCUACACGCCUCCUGAAGACCUCAGCCAUUUAUUGAGUAAACCCUCUGGCCCUAAUGGUCCUCAGAGAGCUUCCUGGGCCACCCAGAAUCCCAGUAUUCCAAGGUUGGCAGAGGAGAAUGGCCUUGCAGCGAGUGAAACAGGAGAACUGCCUACCAUUGAAGAGGCUCUCCAAAUUAUCCACAAUGAAAGCAAGAUGGAGCCUCGUUUACACCCCGAUGGUGCUCCUGAUGGCUUCUACCUCCACUCACCUGAUGAUCCUGCUAGUUCUAGACAUAACUUACCUAACUUAGCACCGAUCAGCUGCUCUGCCCCUUCACGCUCAGGAAUGAUGUACCGACCCACAGGAGAGUCCAGGGACUCCACUCGCACUAGAAACACCUCUGAAUGUUCACGAGAUGAUGACUCUGUCUUGAGAGAUGGCAGCGUGGACUCAGAUGCAUCAGAAGACCUGCCUAAAGCCCAGUCCACUCCAACCACACCGGCUACUGGUACACACUCUGCGAGAGACCAAAGCAGAGAGGUGUCUGACAGUGGUGUGAAGAUGACCAGUUUUGCAGAACGCAAAAAGAAACAAAUUAUGGAUUCUCCCAAAGCCAGUGACCCAUCUUCUAUUCAGAUGACCUCGUGGGCCCAGAAGUCUGAAGAAAGUCCCAGCAAGAGCCCACAACUCAGUAAUGAAAUGUCUGAGCUCGAGGUUCGGCUUGGGGAAAAGCGCAAGGCUAUCGAAGCUCAAAAGAAACGCAUUGAGGCCAUUUUUGCAAAGCACCGGCAAAGACUGGGCAAGAGUGCUUUUCUGCAGUUAAAGAAGGAGCAGCGUGAGGACGAAGUUGGGGAUGGAGGAGGGGAUGCCCAGGUCAGCACAUCAUCCACAGAAGAGGACCUCUCUCGCUUGACCCUGGAAGAAAGGCUAGCUCAAAUGGAAGAAGAAGAGCAACAGGAACAGAAUGAACAGCACCUUUUAGUGGAGGAUGAAGGUAAUGUCAAAGAAGGACUUCAUCUCAACAAACAGGUCAGUCACUCCAAAGAAAAAGCAGAUAUACCAGGAGAGAAGAGCUCUGGGACACCUGGAGAGAAAAUGGUAGCUCCACUUGGGGAAUAUAAUAAUGCUGUAUCCAAGCUGACUGCAGCGCUCAGCUCCCUGCAAACUGAUAUGCAGCGGCUGACAGAGCAGCAGAAUCAGCUACUCAAGAAGAAAACCACAGCUUCUAGCAGCAAAUCAUGGGUCAUUCCAGCCAGCCCGAAAACCUCCACCCCAGCCCCAGCCCCUGCUCGCCUGUCGCGAGAAUCCACCCGAGAUUUAAAUUCAGCCUCCUCCUCACCUUCUCCAUCCCGCAAAAUCACAAACCACACCACUCCUCCUAAAUCUCCUCAUGUCCAACGUAGAGCUCAAUCUGUGCCCCCUAAAAGCCCCAGACACCACCAACACAGUCGCCCCUUGGACAUUAAGGUUCCAACCUUGUCAAGGGUCAUCACUGCUCCUCAAAAUGUAGAUCGUAUACCCCACCUUCGUCGUGUAAAUCCCUUGCAAUCCCAAGUCCAGACGUCUUCUUCAUUCUCCAUUGGUGACUCUGACAGCCUAGGUGAGCUGCGCUCCUCUGGACCAACUCCUGUCCCCACACGCACAUCAACCCCAGCACCAGCUCCUACCCCGACUCCCCGUCUUGCCGCUGAUGACAAUCUGUCUGAGGUAGGCUCCAAUGACGGUCAUAGUGUAUUUAGUAUGGACCUGGAGGCUGGACCCUUGCAUGGUUCUUCGGCUAAGAAGGAAGGGCAUGCUGGGGGUGGCUACAGCUCUGGUGCUCCGUCAGAGUGCUCCUUCGAGAGUGAUGCUCCUGCAGGGAUGUUGAAUGGCAAACGCAGUAGCCUGAUAGAGAUCCCGCUGUCUACUCUGCCGGGUGAUGGUGAGGAGGAUGAUCAAAUACCUGACCCUUUCUCUGACUCGGUUAGCGACCGGACAGAGCCAGAGAUGAGAGGGGGUGUUGGUUUCUUUUUCAAGGAUGACAAGGAGCGACCGGAGGAUGAAAUGGCCCAGCGUAGAGCAGCUUUGCUUGAGAAACAGCAGAAAAGAGCCGAAGAAAUGAAAAGACGCAAACUUGAGCAGGAAAAGGAAAAAGAAUCAAACAAACCUCAGUGGAUGGUCAUCGAGGGCUGGGGUAAUAAAACUGAAGACAGACCCCAGACUCCAGGUACCCCUCCAGCAUCACGUACCCCUCCAGUAGAUGGGACUCCCCUGCGCAGAGGAGACUUUACUAGGCAGGAAUAUGAGAGGAGACAGCAGUUGAAGAUCAUGGAGGACCUGGACAAGGUGUUGCGGCAGAAACCCACCACGGUUCGCGGUGUCAAGAAACAGAGACCCAAGACUGUGUUCAGAGAUGACUCUGUCCUCUCUCAUAGCCCCGUCAAGGGUUUCAUGGGCACCAGGCUGAACAAAGUGUACUCCCACUCAACCAUGAACCUGUCCUCUAUGGCUAAUGACUCUGGAGGUUUAACUGUCAGGAAGUCUCCCAGCCGUUCGCACUCUCCCUCCAGGCUAAUGUCACCAAGACGAAUGAGCGGGCAAAAUGGAGACAAGGACUGGGAGAAUGGCUCAACUAUUUCCUCUCCUGCUUCUAUUCCGGAAUACACAGGACCAAAGCUGUACAAGGAGCCUAGCUUUAAGUCCAACAAGUUCAUCAUCCACAAUGCUAUCACUCGCUGCUGCCUGGCCGGCAAGGUCAAUGAACCACAGAAAAACAAGAUUGUAGAGGAAAUGGAAAAGAGCGCAGCCAAUCACUUCCUCAUCCUCUUCAGAGAUACGAGCUGCCAAUUCAGAGCAGUAUACACCAUGAACCCUGAAACGGAGGAGAUGGUGCGACUCACUGGCAUUGGCCCCCGGAUCAUCUUACCUGAGAUGGUCGAGUCCAUUUACAAGUACAGCUCUGACCGCAAGCAGUUCACUGUCAUCCCGUCCAAAACCAUGUCCAUGAGUGUUGACGCCUUCACCAUCCCUGGUCACUUUUGGCAAAAGCGCCCAGGAACUCCCAAGAAGCUUGGGACCCCCAAAUAAAGACAUACCCAGGAUGGGUGUUACAAUUCAGGGAACCAUCUCCCAGCUCGACUCCCAUUGUCUGCCAUUUUGGCCAGUGAGGAAGUUGAGAUUGUUUAUUACCCAGUUAGUCUAGCAGUGGACAGCAUGACUGAUUUUGGCUUUUGGUCAGCCAUCGACCUGGACCCCAAGAACAACUCUACAUGCCAAGAGAAAGGGUCAAUGACUCAUUCAGCUAAAGUAGUUACUAUAGUUUCGCUGUUGAGAGCUUCUGUUUGGCUCUGCCUGGUCUUCUUAGAUUGUAAAAUGUAAUGCAACUUGCUCUGUUGGGAUGAAGGAUUCUCUCUACCUUGCACCCUGCCUCCUCAUGCCUUGCCUUACCCUGCCCCUGGAGUCAUUUUUGCGACUCAUUGGUAAGAAAAAGGGGGGACAAUCACACUGCCUUUGCCCGCACAACAGUAUUUUGGGCCAGAGUAGUUCCUGCCCCUCUCGCAUCGGCUUUCUUUUCUUUUUGCUGCCUUUCCUUCUUCUUCUUCCAGGGCUCACUCUCUCUCCAUUCUACUGAGAUAAGUGGCUCAGCACUCAGUUCUGAUAGGAGAUCUCAGCUGAAAAUCAAUAGCAGGUAAAACUGCUUUCAUAUGAAUGUAGGACACACACUAACCACUCAUUCCAUUCAGGGGUCCUUUCACUGGUUGGUGACAACCAGAAAGUAGUGGGUGAUUCCUCUUUGGGUUGCACCGGUGGUGGUGCUGUGGUUGUCACUGAGGAAAACUGCCUGUGCUCCCUGUAGUUCAUGCAUUCCACUCCAUUCCAACUCUCCUUCAGCUGUAGACAUGUGGAUGUUUUUUAUACUAUUUUGACAUGUUUUGCAGGACAAAUUGCUUGGGCCUUUGAGAGCUUAAAGAAGAAUGAAAUUCACAUGAGUUUUUCUUCUUAACUUGCUUUCUCAUUUUCAACAUGUGAUGAAUUGAAACGUUAUAUGAGCUUAUCUUGAAAAACAAUACUGGAAACAUGAAGGAGGGCUUUAUCGUGUUUAUCAUUUACUUGGAUACAGCUCUGUAUGAAAAUGAUAAUCAGUGGUGAUUUAAUAUAUACUGAAUGCUGAUUACUUUGAUUUAUUUUUUUUUGACAAUGAUUUGUAAAAAGUAAGUUGACCUUUGUAAGCUACAAAUAAGCUAGCCUGCUGCAUUAGUGAGAUGUAUGUUUGGGAUGAGAAUGAGUGAAUGAGAAUGAAUAGAAAUUGUCAAACAGCUGAAACCUUUUGUCUAGGGAUUAAUAAAUCCUUUAGGUCACUAGGGGUCUGUUUUCUUAUUAUAUGAUUCCCUGUUUGUGUGCCCCGGCGUAUAAACAGUAGGUAUGUUAAUGAAGGAUCAUUCCGGACUGUAACAGCCCUCGUCUUUUCCAUGCAGUCUCUAGAGACUCCUUCAUACAUAACUGGGGGAAUGUAAAAUGCCAAGCUGUUUUUUUUUUUCGCCAGUGUGUUCAUGCUAUUAGGAGAAACACUUGACCCUGCAAUUGCUUGUGAUCAGGUCAAUAUCAUCACAAAAUCUGUGUAAAAUUGGCCUUCUUCCCUUCCUUUGCAGUCUUUAGCACUACAGCAGCUACCGUGGCGCAGCUGUUUUCUUUCUAAUCACUGACUGCCUCCAACAAAUGUGUCGUUUGAAUGAGAUUCCAGUACAGAUGUGAAAAAAAAUUGUCGAUCAGCAUUUAGGAGAAACGACAAUUUUGUUAAAGGUGUGAGUGGAGGUGUGCAUAUGGAAUUAGUGGAUGCUUGUAUUUAUGUGUCUGUAAAGAGUAGUAUGUGGAAGUUAAACACUAUAUUUUGAUUCCGUGCAAUUUUCCCCUAGAAACCCCCAUGUCACCUGGAGUUGUAUUUAUUUGGUUUGCAUUAGAUGGUGCAUUUGAUGUUUAGUUUCAGGUUUUGUUUGUCUCUUUUGGUUAAGGUGGUAAAUCACUCAUUCAUUUCAUAUAAGCUGUCAUAACAUUUAUAUUGUUUUCCUUCUCUUCUGUUAUCAAAUCUGUGCCAGCACAUUAUGUAUUUUCAUUUCAUAAAUUGACUAUCCUUGGCAACUGAACCAGACAAAUAAAAAUCCUUUUUAAAUCAU